CAUGAUUCACGUGAAAAAUCAAACUGUCAUGGAGGAGACAUAGCUAGCUUGGGAAUGAAGAUCGAAAUCCCAGAAACAGAAGGCAUUCACACUUUCCGAUUUCCUUGCUCUGGUGGUACAAGAAAGGAACAUAAGAUUUCCGACAGAAAUUGUCAAGUUUGCAAGGGAAGGUAUUCUCCUUGUUCUUCUUGUUUGUCUUCUCCUUGAAAUGUAACCAGUUGGGUUGCAAAGCUUUCAUCUUUGAAGUUACUUCAAGCCGAUUCGGUUUGUUGGGAGAAAAGGUGCAAUCUUUGCAAUCAAAGAGGGAAGAGGGUCCUGAAAAUGCAGGGACUAUUCCGAGGAUUGAGAUCAUUGCAGGAAGCGAUCCGGAGGAGUUCUACUGUGAAGCAAAACAUAAUGCCUCGCGUGGCCUCCUCUUCUUCCUCCGCGGAAGGGAAAGGGCUACAGAACGUGACUGUGGCAGAUGUGCUGAUGACGAAGGGAGAAGAAAACGUCGGUUCUUGGCUGUGGUGUCGCUCUACUGAUUCUGCCCAUGAAGCAGCCAAGAGUAUGGCACAGAGCAAUAUAGGGUCACUGGUGGUUCUCAAGCCUGGAGAUCAACAGUACAUCGCCGGGAUAAUCACAGAAAGAGAUUAUCUAAGGAAAGUAAUAGCGCAAGGGAGAUCUUCAAAGUACACAAAAGUUGGGGAGAUCAUGACCGAUGAGAACAAGUUGAUAACAGUGACAUCUGACACCGACAUUCUGAAGGCAAUGCAGCUAAUGACAGACCACCGCAUAAGGCAUGCCCCAGUUAUUGACGGGAAGAUAGUUGGAAUGAUUUCUAUUGUAGAUGUCGUUCGAGCAGUCGUGGAGCAGCAAACUGGGGAGUUGAAGAGGCUAAAUGACUACAUUCAAGGAGAUUACUAGUAAAAUAGUGUUGUAAACAUCUGAAAACUGUUGAAGCAUCAUAUCCUGCCUUCUAAUUAAUCAAUCAAAGAUUUCUACCCACAAAAAAAAAAAAGCCCCUAC